CAGGUAGGGAAUUAUUUGGGGGGCAAGCUUCCAAAUAUACUUUACGAUUAUUGCUAAGCCAUCCUGUACAUGGUUUUACCACAAUUUCUUUCAAUGCAGGAACUUUUACCAUUUGUCCUGCAUUGUCCUGAGCUUUUGGGUCUUAAAGCCUUUUAUGUCCUCUUUUGGCAAUGGUGUGAUUUUAGAAGAUACUUUUAAAGACUAUUUUACAAUAUUCUUAGCCUUUGGCCUACAAUGUUCUAAAUAAAUGACCAGCAGGUUAGGGAGAAAAGUCCUGAAAGUCUAAAAGGCUAGAGCUGACACAUGCAUGAAAGUGACAUGAAAAAAAUUCUGUUUCACUACUAGUUUCCAACUGGGAGGGAACACAUGUAAAAGAGUGAUCACUUUAAACCCCACUUUUCAUCUUAAACCAGAUAAAUUAAUAAAGCAACGAAAACACAAGUGUUCAGAUUCAGCUGCUUGUCAAAUACACUAUCAGGCUGUAUUGGGCUGUAGUUGCCACUAUAUACUGUAUGUCUUGUAUUACCAUCUACUUUCCAAUUAUGUUAUUAUUCUUAUCAUUAUGUAUAUGUUGCUCGUUUCCUUGGUUUGUUUUUUCUCCGCAGGUUUAGAGGCAGACUUUAAGGUGUUGACCUGUGUUCUCUUUAUGCUUAUUUCUCUCCCUUACUCCUUUCCUUUCAAACCCUUCCCUCACAAUUCUCCCUUUCCUUCCUCCUUUCUUUUUCAUCUCUGUAUUCUUAAGUCAGUUGUCCUUAAGUUUUAUUUAUUUUAUUUACCAAGUAGCAAAAGCCAUAAUGCUCCACUCGUGGAAGUAAAUCUGUUGAUGAAAGUAAAUCUGUUGACACAUUAAAAAAUAAUUAACUCGAGAUAUGUUCAUGCAAGAUUUCAUGAAAUUCUGAUUAAAUACCAUACAUUGCUAUUUGGGCUUCAUCAAUAAUACUAAAAAGAUUAAUGAACAUUUCCUUUUUAUUUUACACCCUUUGGAUUCAUCAGUCAAGGUAUUUAGUUUGUCCUUUGUUGUUUCUCCUUCUAUUUAUGUUAGUUUGGUUCAUAAUAUCUUUAUUCAACAAAUGCAGAUAAAGACGUGCUAGUUUGAUAGACGAUAAUUUCUAUUUUGAGUCAAUUGGUUGACAGAUAGAAUGAGUUUAUUGGCUUUUUGAAUGUAUAAUAAUAAUAAAAAAUUCCAUGAGAAAAAAGAAAGUUACAUCAGAUUUGUAAUUAGGUUGAUUAAUUAGUGGUGAAAUAAAUGACAUAGAUUUGCUUACUAAUUAUACAGUACAUAAGUAUGAUUUGGGUUGAUAAUCUAAAUCACAAAUGUAUUUGUGUGGAUCGAAGAAAAUGGCUCUGUUUGAAAUUAACAGAGUCCAAAAGAAUCAGCUGUGAAUUAAGUGGGAGAAAAGUUGUAAGCAAAGUAGCAAAGACAAUAAUCUCAUGGAUGUAACAGAACAGAAGACACUCAUUCAGUCUGAGUCAAACUUGACUCAGACUGGUGAGGGCUACAAAUGAUGAUACUGGUUGAAAACAGGUUACUUUGACGGAUGUGGGUGUUAAAAACAGAUUGCUGUAGAUAAUGACUGCCUGUAAACCAAACAGCUGUAUAAAAGGCCCAGAUAAGCAAUACUUUAACCACAAGUUGGAUCUGCUGGCAUCAUGCACCGUUUGUCUACAUUUCUGUUUUUCAAUGUUCUAGCAUGUCUUGGACAAACUGUCCAGGGGAGUGACAUCAUACAUGGAGAAAAAGCCCCAGCCAACUCGAUGCAGUACAUGGUCUCAGUGCAAAACAAAUGGGGUCAUGUGUGUGGAGGAUUUCUAGUCAGGCAGGACAUUGUGAUCACUGCUGCACACUGUGCUGAAGAUGAACCUGUGCGUGUUGUUCUGGGAACCCACAAGCUAUCAAAGAGGAACAUGAGCCCAGUGAAUAUUGAAUACUUCUGUAAAUACCCAACUUAUAAAUCCGUUGGACUUGGUGAUGACAUCAUGCUCCUUAAAUUGUCCAGGAAAUUUCCGCUAAAUAACAGGGUGAAAAUAAUUUCACUUCCAACGUCGUCCAAUGCAAACCUUAGAGAUGGUCAGAUCUGCUCUGUUGCUGGAUGGGGUCAAACUGGGCCCCACCAUGCUAUUGUGGAUGACCUGAGAGUGGUGAAUGUGUCAAUCUUAAAUCCACAACUCUGUCGGGACAUAUGGGGGGAUGACUUCCCUUCCAAUGUGAUCUGUGCUGGCGGAUAUAACACAGACAAAGGAUUUUGUCAGGGUGAUUCCGGUGGUCCACUGGUGUGCAACGGAGUAGCUGUUGGUGUUGUGUCAUUCAACAAACGUGCCAACUGCAACUACCCAGAUGUACCCAACGUCUACACAGACAUAUCCAAAUAUCUUCAAUGGAUCAACAACAUUGUGAAAACAAAUAAAUGUGUGUAGCAAACCUGUUACAGAAGGUCUUCUUGCUCAGGGAGUUGUUCAUCUUAUUUCAAUGCCUCUGUCAGCUUCUGGCAUUCAACGAAUUUGUUAAAUAAAGCACAAUGCAAUCAAAUGAUACACACUCUUUUUUAUAUAUCAACAGAAACAUAUAUGUACAUAUAUAUAUGUAUUGAGAGAAAUAUACAUAUCAUAUAUAGUCAGAUCCUCUACUUUGAGCUUCCCACAGAUGAAAGAGGUCCUCAUCUCUUAAGGGUUAGGGUCUACAGAGGAAACUCAUAUCAGAUGGUUAUAAUCAGGACCUCCUUCCUUUGGUCAUGACUCCUUUCUCAUACCUAUGGACUACAUGUACAGCUCUGUUGAACCCCACUAAAACGUUUUGAUCACUUUGCAGAAAAGUAUGGACCUACCUAGUGUUUACACUGUGUGCAAAAUUUCAUAUAUUGUAAAAAACUUUCCAUCUUUUUUUUUCAAGAAUUUCAAAAAUGUAUAAUUUGCUGCUGAAUUAGCUGUCGCCAUCGGCUUUCUUAUUAUCUAUGCAGCGCAUUUAUAUUACUGACAAUUAGACAAACAAAAAAACCCACUGCGCAUGUCUUGGAGCGCCGAGUGCGAGUGAAAUGUGGGAAGGGGGUGGGAAUAGUAACAGAAACACGUAAUUGGUAAGUCACGUUAUUGCUUGGAUUUUAAUCGGUGCGUUUUGCAUCCAGUGAAAACAAACAUGUUAACAAAUAAGUUGUAAGUUUAGUGAUGUUUCCACAGUUGCGGUCUUGACUGUUCUUGAAAUAAAAUCCCGAGUCCUCAGCGCAGAGACCGAGACCAUCAAAAAAUGGUCUUGAGACCAAGAUCGGUCUCGAGUACUACAAUUGUAAGGAUUUGAGUUUUUCUGUGUGUUUAUUUUAGGUUUCUGUGUCUUGAGUCUUCCCCUUGAUUGUUCCCAGGUGUCUCUCAUUCCCUGAUUAUCCUCUGUGUAUUUAAUGUCACCUGUGUUUCUGUGUCUUUGUCGGGUCCUUGUUAAAACUGUCUGGUCUUAUGUCUAGUCGUGGUGGUCUUGUUUAUUUUGUCCUGCCUGGAUUUACUGGACUGCCUGGACUUUAUAUUUCUUAAAUUCAUUAUUAAAAUUUUAAUUUUUUCAUUUCAAACUGGGUCCUAAGUAUCUGCCUCACCACUAAUGAUGGGUAAAUGAGGCGUCAUGAAGCCUUUCGACCCAUAGCAAAUACUGACACCUGAUGGACAUUAAAAAUCCCUACAGGCAAUGUAGUUGACACACUGAUUUGA